AGAACGUACAGGUACCCGUCACCUACAUACAAGCUCAACUUCCGGUCCAGACAGCCGUCUCCAGCAACUCGUCUCAUCAGCAACUGUCGCAUUUCCUUCUCCGGCUCAAUCACACAACCUCCAUCACAAUGGCCCAAGUCAACUACCGUCUAAUCGAUGUCGACGCUCUCGACCCAGAGAAUGCCUUCCCCGCCGAGCUCCUCACCCCGCAGUUCGAUCCGGUCGCCAUAGGCGACAUCCAAGCUCUCGCAACGCAGUGCCGACAACUGCUGCAGCGCGGGGACCAGGAGGCUGCGCUCCAAAGUGCGUUGGAGAAUGUUCCGUACGGAGGGGAUGACCAGGGGAAGGAGCUCCACCUUUCAACCAUCCUCGAGAUCCUCUCCUCCAUAAAGCAGGCCGAGAUGACGCCAAUCUUGACGCGCAUCUACAGCUCUCCCGCGGGGACGGAGCUGCUCGACGUUCUCAUGAAGUAUCUCUACAAGGGCAUGGCCCGCCACAACGCCUCCAACACUGCUACGCCCGGCGUUUCCGUGCACGCUACUGGCGUCUCCUCUGUUAGUGGCCAGGGAGGGGGUGGUAGAGAGUACGGCGUUGCGCCAAGUAGGGGUGAUGGAGGCGGGAUGAGUGUUUUGUUGAGCUGGCAUGAGAAGGUCGUGGAUGUGGCAGGCACGGGUUCCAUCGUAAGGGUCAUGACGGAUCGGAGGACGGUUUGAAAGCUGCGUGGACUAUACCUUGGAUUGUCUUCUUUCUCUUUCUUCUGCCCUGGCAUUUUAUAGCGUUGAGUUGUAGCAAAAAAGAGGCCGGUUUGCACAUCAUCUUCUUAUCGAGUGAGAUUUGGU